AUGGUUCACGUCGAAUUCGCGGUCUGGUUGGCCCUUUAUUUCCUCUCAUCUGCUCUCGCAGCCGAUGUCUUCCCAGAUUGCACCAGCGGGCCUCUCAGCAAGCUGGCUAUCUGCGAUACCUCCCGCGAUCCCGUUGCACGAGCCAGGUCCCUCGUGGCUGCGAUGACGCUGGAGGAGAAGAUCAACAACACUCGAUUUGACUCUCCCGGUCUUCCUCGCCUGGGACUACCGGCCUACAACUGGUGGAGCGAGGCCCUACACGGCGUCGCCGACUCUCCCGGAGUGCACUUCGCCGACAGCGGAGAGUUCAGCUACGCGACCUCGUUUCCAGCGCCCAUCGGUCUGGGCUCCGCGUUUGACGACGAACUCGUCAAGCAGGUCGCUACCGUAAUCAGCACCGAGGCCAGAGCCUUCGGCAACACGGGCCACGGCGGCCUUGACUACUGGACGCCUAAUAUCAACCCGUUCAAAGAUCCCCGAUGGGGUCGCGGACAGGAAACCCCUGGUGAAGACGCGCUGCAUACCGCACGAUAUGUCUACCAUCUCAUUGAUGGUCUGCAAGGGGGCAUCGGACCAGCCCAUCCCAGAAUCGUGGCGACCUGCAAGCACUUCGCCGCCUACGACCUGGAAGACUGGAACGGCAUCGAGCGCUACGCCUUCGAUGCUAUCGUCUCCUCACAGGAUCUGGCCGAGUAUUAUUUGCCGCCGUUCAAGACUUGCACGCGCGACGCCAAAGUUGACGCCGUCAUGUGCAGCUACAAUUCGCUGAAUGGAGUUCCGACCUGCGCCGACCCAUGGCUCCUGCAAACCCUGCUGCGUGAGCACUGGCAGUGGGAGGCUCCUGGACACUGGGUCACAGGUGAUUGCGGUGCCAUCCAAAACAUCUACGCGGACCAUCACUACGCCGCGGACGGAGCGCACGCCGCUGCGGCCGCAAUCAAAGCUGGCACCGACCUGGACUGUGGAGAUGUGUUUCCUCGAUUCCUAGGUGAAGCCGCAGAGCAAGGGCUGUUCUCCAACCGCACGUUGGACCGCGCCUUGACGCGGCUGUACUCGUCGCUCGUCAAGCUGGGCUACUUCGAUCCUGCCGACGACCAGCCCUACCGGUCCCUAAGCUGGGAGGACGUGUCCACGACGCAGGCGGAACAACUCGCCUAUACGGCCACCGUGGAGGGUCUUGUCCUGCUGAAGAACAAACACACCCUGCCGCUAAAGAAGAACGGCACUGUUGCGCUUAUCGGCCCCUAUGCCAACGCCACCACCCAGAUGUUGGGCAAUUACUACGGUUUCCCAAAAUACCUGCGCACGCUUCUCUGGGGUGCCUCCCACGCGGGAUACAAAGUCCGCUAUGUUCCCGGCACGGGCAUGGACUCUGACAGCACCGAGGGGUUCGACGAUGCCAUAUCCGCCGCCAAGGACGCAGAUUUCAUCAUCUACGCCGGCGGCAUCGACAACGACAUCGAAGCCGAGUCCAAGGACCGUACGACUAUUGUCUGGCCCGGUAACCAACUUGACCUCAUCGACCAGCUGGCGGACGUGGGAAAACCGCUGGUUGUGGUCCAGUUCGGCGGUGGCCAGGUCGACGACUCCUCGCUUCUGGAGAAUGACGGCGUCGGCGCUCUCCUCUGGGCCGGCUAUCCCGGUCAGGCCGCCGGCGCUGCCAUAUUCGAUGUCCUGACUGGCAAAGUCGCGCCCGCUGGCCGCCUGCCAGUAACGCAGUACCCGGCUGGCUAUGUCAAUGAAGUCCCUAUGACCAAUAUGGCAUUGCGUCCUGGAUCAGGAAGCCCCGGCCGGACGUAUCGAUGGUAUGAUGAGGCCGUGAUCCCGUUUGGAUACGGACUCCAUUACACCACUUUUGACGUUGCGUGGGACAAGUCAUCCGGUCCAUACGAUACCGCGACGUUGGCGAAGUCAGGUAUAAAUCCCUCGGACACGGCAAUUCUAGACACUUUCAGUUUAACGGUCAAAAACGUCGGAAACGUCACCUCGGACUAUGUCGCACUUGUCUUCUUGACGGGCGACGUUGGACCGAAGCCAUAUCCCAUCAAGACAUUGGUGGGUUAUAAACGUGCAAAGCAGAUCAAGCCCGGGCAGAGCCAGACGGUCGAGAUAGAGGUGGCUGUCGGCGCAGUGGCGCGUUAUGCUACUAAUGGCAACCAAAUACUGUAUGCUGGGGAGUAUGAGCUGCAUAUCGAUAUUGAGAAGGAAGACACGCUUUCCUUUGUGGUGAAGGGGGAGGACAAGCUGUUGGAUGUAUUUCCUCAGCCUGAUGGCAAUCGGACUUCUGUUACAUUGCAGUAACGGUGUGCUGAAUUAAACUGUACAAAUGAUUUCGAACAAUGGGUUGAUUGGCAGUAUUAAAGCCCCCCUUGUAGGCAUUGUCUGGGUAGGUCCAUCGGCCAUCCCCUAGUUAUAGAUAGAUAACUUCCAUAAGCA